AUGACGGCAGUGGUCAGGCAGCUGGAAGAGACUAACGCAAAGAAAAAGAGUGUGCAGUACCCCCACAACUCAAUCCCCCCAUUGAACCCGGCUUUCCCUCAAGUGGAGGAAGAUGAUUCUAGCAUGAUCGAUAUUCGUGCAGAGGAUUCGGAUUACGAGGAGGAAAAGCACUGGAUAAAUACCAAAGGACUAAGGCAUCGCAAUAGACAGCAGGAUGCUACCGACGAUUUAGACCCCAAAUACAUUAGGAAGUAUCCUUUGGAUGUCAGGCUUGCUUACCCAAACUUCUUACAGGGGACAAUUUGGACACCUGCCGGGAUAGCAGCCAAGAGAGCUGCUGAUGCACUCACGGUUGCUGGUGCUGGAGGUGGUAGAGGUAGUGGUGGUGGAGGUAGCCAUAGUGGUGGUGGUGUUGGUGGUGGUGGUAGUGGUCUAGGACCUCCUCCUCCUCCUGGAGGCUGUACUAGUGGAGGAUCAGCUGGAGACAGUGAUGGUGGUGGAGAUGAUGGGUUUCAUGGAUCGACUAGUAGAGGUACGGGAUUACGAAGAGUUGCAUUAGUCAGAAAUGUUCUAUUGGUUUCUAUCGGGUUCUGUUGA